CCGUAUUUCUGCAUUGUCAACAACACUGUGACUAGCCAUCCUCAUUAAAGACUGACUGUAACAGCAUUCGUAGGAUUUGCUUUAUUUAAAAUUUAAUACUCGAUCUCAAGAAGAAGUUGUUUUUGUAGGCCAUUCAAAAACGUGUUUCAUAACGACAAUGAGCUUUGAAAGUUUACCGUCCAGGUCAGAGGUGAUGGGCUGGAAUUUUGCAAUCCUGGCUGACUAUCUCAAAAAAAUGAAACUGUCGGGGUGUGACAGAGUAGUAAUGAAAAAUAACAUGAGUGGAGCAAAAUUCUUGAACAUGUCUGAUAAAGACCUCAAAAGGUUUCCCACAGCACAUAUUCCAUUUAUCACAAAGAUCUGCAAAGAUAUUAAUCAGAAUAACAAACAAAAGAAAACUCUGUCUAAGCGAUCAGAACCGCCAGUGCUUCCACAUCCAGAGUCUAAUCCUGGCGGAUGGGACUCUGAUGAAUUUGAGCAAGAGCAAAGCGACAGUGACUAUGAAGAACCAGAUAUCAAUAACUGUGAGGAAGACAACUACAUUUGUGCAGACGCCCAAGAAAGUGACGAUGAUUAUGAACCACCCCCCACUAUACAAUCUUCAGAUAUACCAAGUCACUUACGUGUUGCCCAGCCUCUGGGUGGUGGUGAUUACUUGGAUAGCGUUCCUCGUGGUUCAGCUGAUCGGACUGCAAAGGUUACCAACAAAUCUGCAUCCUUUCCCAGGGGGCAUAUUAAUGCUAAAUCACGACCAGAUCCAUCUCCCCACAGGCCUCUCCCUCCCUCUAAAUCAAAACCUGGCCCUGGUGUGCCAAUGGUAGAUCGCAGUAAGAAACCUGGUCCAUUUUCUCCGUCAAAAAAAGAUCCCGGUGUUGCCGGCAAACCAGCAAAAAUUAACGCUGUAAACAUUACUAGCAACUUACCAACGUCUUCCACAGCAAUGCCGGUGUUACCUUCACCAAAAUUUAACUCACUACAGAGAACAGACCUUCCUCCACCACCUGCAAAUGUUAUGAUGGGGCAGGACAUGGAUCCUCAGUGGUAUGUGGGUCAGCUGACACGAGGUGAAGCAGAAGUUGCCCUAAAACAAGCCAAAAAAGAUGGCUCUUUCUUGAUAAGAGACAGCUCAAAGGGAUGCCACGAGCAGCCGUACACACUCAUGGUGCUGCACCAGCACAAAGUGUACAACAUCCAGAUCCGUUUCCUUGGAAACAAGGAUGGCUAUUCCCUAGGCACAGGCCUCAAAGGCAUCGAGAAUUUCCCCAGUGUUAUGGACAUGGUUUUCCAUCACAUGAAGACCCCACUGUUUCUAAUAGAUGGAAUGGACCGUGGAGGUGGACCUCAGGGACAGUGCUGUCUCAUCCACCCAGCAGGUUUCUAAGCCGGACAG